AUGGAAUUUUCUCAUCAGAAAUCAUCAUUAUGCAAUUGUGUUGUUAAUUUUCUAUUAGAAGAGAAUUAUAUUCUAACUGCUUUUGAACUUCUUCAUGAACUUCUUGAUGAUGGACGAACCAAUCAAGCCAUUCGUCUUCAACAAUACUUUUCUGAUCCUUCUAGAUUUCCUUCUAAUCAAAUCUCUCGUUUCAAUUCCCUCUCAUUGGCGGAUCCUCAAACACUGCAACAAAACAAAGAAGAAGCUGAAGAUAAGUUAGUGAUGACAGAUUACGAACUGCGUUUGGCACAAGAAGACAUUACAAAACUGAAAGCCGAAUUGCAAACCAAAACAGAAUAUAGUACUAUUGAUGAUGCAACUACGAAGUCAAGUGGAGAUGUUUCGGUGAACAAUGGUGGUGGUGAGUUACAAACUCAACAACAAAAAGGGAAUAACCAUAGUCCAGUCGCUGCUUUGGGUCCAGUGAAGGAAAAUGAGCGUCGAGACCUCAAUUGUGCUGUUAAGGAAUAUUUGCUUAUAGCUGGUUAUCGACUCACUGCAAUGACAUUUUAUGAAGAAGUUACAGACCAGAACUUGGACAUUCGGCAUAAUACAAAUGCAUUAGUACCAGAUGCCUUGCGUCAUUAUUAUUAUCACUAUCUUUCAUCAACUUCACAGGCUUCUGAGGAAAAAAUUGCCCAAGUUCGAGAAAUUGAAGCAUUGCUGAAGGAAACUCAGAGCCUGAAUGAAGAAAAGGAGAGCUUGUCGAAGGACAAAGAUUUCACAGACGGUCAAAUAAGAGCAUUAACUAAAUCCUUGGGUGCACUUCAAGAAGAUCUUAAGCAGAAAGAGAACACGGUUCAAGUGUUAAAGAAGUCUUUGGAGAAUCAAAGAAAGGAACUCCAUGACUGUAGAGUUCAGAUCAGGAAUCUGAAAAAGCACAAUGAAGGGUUUGGUUCUGGAAAUAGUCUGGUUGUUGGUGAUGUUGAUAAUGUUCUGCCCGAGUCUUUAGAUAAGUACAAGGAAGAAAUUAAUAAAUUACAAAUGGAAGUUGAACGGUUGAAGGAAAAGAAUAGAGGAGCUGCACAACAUAGAAAUUUUAGCAUUUCUGAAAAUGAACUUUUGCAGACGGAAGACAAAUUUAUUGAGAUGCAUGAGGACAAAGGUGCAACCUCUCAUUCCGUUGACGAGGCAUUAGAUGUUGUACAUGAUGAAGAAGCACAUUCUCCUGCUCUUCAAACUCUUGAUGAGUUUGCUGAUAAACACACAAACUCACUACUAGAUUUAUUUAACCCUGUACAUACAAACACUACUUUUGAAAAUAUUGAAAAUGUCUCUGAACAAAAUGGUGGCAAGCAAGAUGGUGAUAACAAGGAAGCAAUAUUUGAGAAGAUGGGAUUAGGAACCAUUCAGAUAUUGGCAGAUGCUUUGCCUAAAAUUGUUCCUUAUGUUCUCAUCAACCAUCGCGAGGAGCUCCUUCCUCUAAUGAUGUGUGCAAUUGAGUACCACCCUGAUAGUAGGACUCGAGAUUCUUUGACCCACACAUUAUUUAACUUAAUAAAGCGUCCUGAUGAGCAACAAAGAUGGAUAAUUAUGGAUGCAUGUGUCAGCCUUGCGAAGAAUGUUGGAGAGAUGAGAACAGAAACUGAAUUGCUUCCUCAGUGUUGGGAACAAAUAAAUCACAUGUACGAGGAACGUAGACUGCUUGUUGCUCAAUCAUGUGGAGAGCUUGCAGAAUUUGUACGCCCUGAGAUUCGCGAUUCUCUUAUUUUAUCAAUUGUGCAACAACUAGUAGAAGAUUCUGCCACUAUUGUUCGAGAAGAUGCAGUUCAUAAUUUGGCUAAGCUGCUUCCACUUUUCCCAAACAUGGAUAAAUAUUUCAAGGUGGAGGAGCUAAUGUUCCAAUUGAUAUGUGAUCCCUCAGGAGUAGUGGUGGAAACUACUCUCAAGGAAUUGGUUCCGGCAGUUAUAAAGUGGGGAAACAAAUUAGACCAUGUUUUAGUUGUUUCACUCUCUCAUAUUGUCAGCUCUGCUCAGCGUUGUCCAACUCUUUCUGUAGUUGAAGGGCGUUUAGAGUCACAUCUACAUGUGUUGGGGGAAAGAGAGCGCUGGAAUAUAGAUGUUUUAUUGAGAAUGCUAGUUGAGUUGCUUUCUUUGGUGCACCAAAGAGCAAUUGAAACAUGCCCCUUCUUGUCCAACUUCGGAACUACAAAUUUUGUAUUAUCUACCACAUUGCUUGAAUUGUAUGCAAGGGAAAAUGUUGAAUGGAAUGAAUUUGAAUGGAUGCAUGUUGAGUGCUUUCCUAAAUUGAUACAACUGGCUUGCUUGUUACCAUGGAAAGAAGACAAUUUGCGAAGCCGAAUUUCAAAGUUUCUGUUAUCAGUUUCUGAAAGGUUUGGGGAUACCUAUGUUAAAUGCAUAAUGCUCCCUGUAUUUUUAACAGCAGUUGGGGAUGAUGCCGAUUUGUCAUUUUUUCCUAAGGCCAUUCAUUUGAGAAUUAAAGGUUUGAGACCAAGAUCUUCUAUUGCUGAAAGGCUAUCUGCAUCAUGUGUCCUACCACUUCUGUUAGCUGGUGUUUUGGGAGGGCCUCGAAAACGCAAAGAAUUAAUAGAUUACUCGAGAAAGCUGCUACUAGAAGACAAUUCCAAGGAAAAUCCAUCAACCAAGCACACACCUGAAAUUGUUAACGCUAUCCGUUUCAUCUGCAUAUAUGAAGAAAACCAUGGUAUGAUAUUUGAUAUACUGUGGGAAAUGGUUGUUAGCUCUAACGUGAGCAUGAAAGUAACUGCUGCUAAACUUCUGAAAGCUCUUGUGCCAUAUAUUGAUGUAAAGGUUGCCUCAACUAAUGCUUUGCCUGCCUUAGUUACUCUUGGAUCUGAACAAAACCUUGAUGUGAAGUGCGCUAGCAUUGAUGCUUUUGGUGCCGUCGCUCAACACUUCAGAAAUGAAAUGAUAAUUGACAAGAUACGUGUUCAAAUGGGUGCUUUUCUUGAAGAUGGAUCCCAUGAAGCUAUGAUUGCUGUCAUUCAUGCGUUGGUGGUUGCAGUACCUCAUACAACAGAACAACUUAGAGAUUAUCUAUUGUCCAAGAUUACUCAACUUACAGCCGUGCCAAUUACUACUUCAGCUGAUUUGAAGCCUCGACAAGAAAGAGCUAAUGCUUUUUGUGAGGCAAUCCGUGCUCUGGAUGCUACAGAUCUUUCUGCAAACAGUGUUAGAGACUACCUCCUGCCUGCUAUACAAAAUCUUUUAAAGGACUUGGAUGCCCUGGAUCCAGCACAUAAAGAAGCUCUUGACAUUAUCAUGAAGGAAAGAUCAGGGACAGGUUACAAGGUUGGGAUUGCAGGGUCAAUGAGCAACUUCUUUGGUGACGGUGGCUUGCGUGGGAAGAAAGACAUUACAGAAUCACCAUCAGAAAGAAUUGUGUCCCCCAAGGGUAGUGCGUCACAAUCACCACCGGCAGAGGACACUAGAUUUAGGCGCAUUAUGCUGGGACAUUUCAGUGACAUACUUCGUGGCAAGGGAAAAACACCAGAGGAAACUCAGAACUAAUAUGAAGCAUUUUGGCCUUGUAAUUACACGCAAAAUAUUGAAAAAACUUAACCCCUUAAAUACAUGUCCAGA